GUGUACACUAGUCCUUUCUGUUGACCUGAGCAUAGUACAAAAGGUGGCCGCAAAAACCCUAGCGAUUGAGCGCGAGUGUGGCAGCAAUAAUGGCGGACGUAGAAACUGAGGUGAGUCAAGGAGUGCCGAAGAAGAGGACCUUCAAGAAGUUCAGUUUCCGAGGCGUUGAUCUCGAUGCUCUCUUGGACAUGUCCACGGAUGAACUCGUCAAGCUCUUCACAGCACGCGCCCGCAGAAGAUUUCAACGCGGUUUGACCCGCAAACCUAUGGCACUAAUCAAGAAGCUCCGUAAGGCGAAACGGGAGGCUCCAGCUGGUGAGAAGCCAGAGCCGGUGAGAACCCACCUCCGCAACAUGAUCAUCGUGCCCGAGAUGAUAGGGAGCAUCAUUGGUGUUUACAAUGGGAAAACUUUCAAUCAAGUUGAAAUUAAGCCGGAAAUGAUUGGGCAUUAUCUUGCUGAGUUUUCAAUCUCUUACAAGCCGGUUAAGCAUGGAAGGCCUGGUAUAGGUGCCACCCACUCCUCUAGGUUUAUUCCUCUGAAAUGAUGUCAUAUCAAACAACUCUUUUUGUUAAUGUCCAACUUUAUGUUGGUUUAUGGGAAUUAGUUUAAUCAAAUUUGUUGUUGAUUUUGUUUUUCCUUCUGUUAUAGUUUGAUUUUUGGCGUAUUUUGAAAUUGCUCUGGUAUGGGCCUCUAAAGCAUAGGACCAAAUCAUUUCUACACCGCUUUCAAAUUUUGUUUUGUAAUGCCGGAGGUUGGUGAUUAAAUAAUGUCAAUUUUGUUCAGGGACAUUUAUAUUACAA